UGCAGAGCUCACACCGACCCUUCCUGAGAGGGAAGAGGGGCUGAGCAGCCGGGCAGGCAGCGCCUUCCUCCUUCUCCUCCGUCUCCUUCUCGGCGCAAGCUGCGCUUUUGCCGGCGUCAAUGAAACUGGCAGCGAUGAUCAAGAAGAUGUGUCCCAGCGAGGCCGAGCUGAGCAUCCCCGCCAAGAACUGCUACCGCAUGGUCAUCCUGGGCUCCUCCAAGGUGGGCAAGACGGCCAUCGUCUCGCGCUUCCUCACCGGCCGCUUCGAGGAGCAAUACACGCCCACCAUCGAGGACUUCCACCGCAAGUUCUACAGCAUCCGUGGUGAGGUGUACCAGCUCGAUAUCCUGGACACGUCGGGCAACCACCCCUUCCCAGCCAUGCGCCGCCUCUCCAUCCUCACAGAUCCUGGAGACCAAGUCGUGCCUGAAGAACAAAACCAAGGAGAACAUCGAGGUGCCCCUGGUCAUCUGCGGCAACAAGGGCGACCGGGACUUUUACCGGGAGGUGCAGCCCCGGGAGAUCGAGCAGCUGGUGGGAGGGGACCCCAAAAAAUGCGCCUACUUCGAGAUCUCAGCCAAGAGGAACAGCAGCCUGGACCAGAUGUUCCAGGCGCUCUUCGCCAUGGCCAAGCUGCCCAGCGAGAUGAGCCCCGACCUGCACCGCAAGGUCUCGGUGCAGUACUGCGACAUCCUGCACAAGAAGGCGCUGAAAGGCAAAAAGCUGCUGAAGGAAGGGGGCCGGGGCGGCACGGAGGAGGCGUACGGCAUCGUGGCCCCCUUCGCCCGGCGGCCCAGCGUGCACAGCGACCUCAUGUACAUCCGGGAGAAAGCCAUCGGCGGCGGGCACGGCAAGGACAAGGACCGCUGCGUGAUCAGCUAGGAGCCCCCCUCGCCACGGGGAAGAAGGAAGGAAGGAAGGAAAGAAGGAAAGGAGGGGGGAAAAGAUGCUCGUUUCCGAAUUGACUUUGGGCAGGUGCCCAGCCGGGCAGAGCGGGCGUCGCCUCUCCCCCAGCCUCCCUCCUCCCGUUUUCAUCAUCUCCCCCCUUCCCCGGGGGGGCAUUUUGGGAGCGAGGGAUGCGAAGGGGGAGGCUUUGGAGGGCAGGAGGGGAUGUCACUGGGAACAGCCUCCUCCUCUGAGCAGAGAGACAGGGAAAGGGUGAGCUGCUGGGCAGCCAGGUGGGAGGGUGAGUGUGGAGGGCACAGACCUUGGUGUUUCUUUCCCUCCCAAACCACCCAGCCUCAGGCACUGCCUUCAGCAGGGAGGGCAGGGGCCUGGCCAGCACGGCUUUGGGCUUGGUUCUUGAUUUAUUUUUUUUUUUUCCAACUUGAGAAGCUGUGCACGGACUCUUGGCUCUAUGUUGUGUGUUCAUCUGUGUCUGCGAAACACGUGCAGAAGACACUCCUAAGCUGUUGCAAAAGACAUUGCAGAGUUACAGCCCCGAUGGACCAAAAAACUGACUCUUGUUUACAUUUGUCUUGUUUGAUUUGCAAGAUUUGGGGAGGGUGGGGGGAGCGGGAAGGGUUUUACAAAAUAAAAUAAUAGGCACUUUAUGUAGGUAUUGUUUGUCAUCGACAUGAACAAAAAAAAAUUCUUCAAGUGUUUCUACCGUGGGUGAAACUUGAUGUUUUAUUUUUUCUACAAAUUAAUAAAAUCUUUUUAAAAAUUA